AUGGUGAGGGCCCUUAUCUUGGCUCUGAUUUUUCUCUUUUAUGGGAAAGUCAUUGCCUUGGAAACUGUUACACCUGAUGUUCCAGCAAAGACUACAGGAGUUACUCUGGAUAUUUCACAACCAAAUCUCUCCAUCUUUGAAACAUUUAAUCCAAAGCCACAUAACAUAGAGACACCCUCAUACACAGCAAAGUCUGGAUAUUUUAUAGAUAAAGUGGUAGAAGGAGGUACUACCAUUCAUGAAUGUUCUCCAAAAGGAGCAUUUGUCAAAGUCACACAUUGUUUUAUAAAGGACGUAUUUGACAUUAUCCAUGUAUACACUGUCGAUUUAGAUGGGAGAAAGAAUGCCCGCUAUUUUUUCAAGGAUGGCAAUCCGUGGGUAGCCAUAGAGGAAGAAGAAUUCUAUGACCACUUUAAUGCACUGUCAAUCACUGGGCAUGAAUUUCAAAAGAAGACAUUCAAACUUGAUAAAGCAAAAAGUGACUGGAACUUUUAUAUCAAUAAGUCUCCCAAGUCUCCCUUUGCUGUAUAUGGGACCAGAAGCACGACUAGGGUCAAGGAAAUUAAGGACGGUACUACCAUAUGGAAGAGAGAGAAGGAUGAAUGGUGUACCAAACUCACUUUUUAUCCCAGAGAAGGAGAGCAUAAACUCCUCUGGAUAGUUACCAAGGAUCCAUAUGAGAAUGAGAACAUCCUCUACUACUCCAAGGUGAGUGGGUCAUGGAAGUCUGUUGACAAGGGGCAAUAUCUGGAGGACUUAGCAAAGGCUGGCUUUGACAGAUCAACCUUUAAUGAUAGGGUUACUCUGGACAUAUCCAAUGUUGAUGACAAACUCUUCUUCAUUGAUAAAUACCAAGUUGAUAUUGUAGUAGCAAACAGAUACCAUGUUCUUCCAGGAUUUAGAAUGAACAAGGUAGUACAGGGUAAGGAGACUAUUUGGGAGUCUUCGGAUGACAGAUUCUCUAUCCAUUUUAGAUUUCAUGGUAGAGGUAAUGAUACCUCACUUGGUGUCAUAUUUACCACGAACACCAAGAAGGAGCACAAGGUGCUAUACUAUAGAAAAGAGGAAGAUGGAUGGAAAGAGAUUGACAGAAAUGAGUACUAUGAUGCUCUCUCAUGUAGAGAUAACUCUAUUUAUACCCAUGAAGUGGAUAAGCCAGACAUAGUCAUGAGUAGUUUCAGGAACAAAAAGGGUACAAAACUCAUAUCAUAUCUUUCCAAAGUUGAAAAUGCCAAGGGAGAUAUAAUCCUUACUCACGGCAUCCGUGGGUCAUUUACCGUUGAUUUUUGUAAAUUUGACAUGGACUGGAACUAUGAACGUUAUGGCUUCGAGAUAUUUCCCUAUUGCAGUAUUUUUGAUGAGCCAGUAACUGUCAAAAAGGUAUCCAAUACAGAGCGCUACAGAUCCUACUUUGAGUAUAAGACUCUAGAGGGAAUGAAUCCACUAGACAUUCUUCACAGGUCUCAGUACAGAGGUACCUUUGUAGAAGCACUCAAUAGACUAGGCUAUAAUGUCUACGGCUAUGAUCACCAAUCACACGGUUUCUCUGAAGCAAAAACUGAGAAUAGAUGUCAUGUCGAAGAUUUCAAAGAUUACAUUUAUGACACUCUCCAGUUUAUAAGUAUUGUAAAGAGAGGCAAGUUUAGUGACUCCUCUGAAAAGUGGGAUGAAGAUAUUUUGUACAAUAGUGUUCCCACGGAUAAAAAGACAUUCCUUCUUGGUCAUUCAAUGGGAGGUAACAUUGUUAUGCAGGCUGUGCAAAAGUUUUACAAGAAUGCCGAAAAGGGAGCAGGAUUUGUAGACUCCCUAAUUGGUCUUUCUGCCAUGCUCGAUGUUAGUCCAUAUUUGGAUAAAUGGUACAAAAAGGCAGCAAGGCCGAUAUUAGAACUUGACGCAUACUGUCAACCAAAGAAAAAGGCAUACUUCCAGUACCCGUAUGACAUUGGGAUCCAAUUUGAAAGAUUUGCCGAUUAUCAUACUGAUAUGCUUUACUAUAGUAAUAUAUACACUAGAAAUACAGCAAUGUCUAGUUUUAGUGCAUGCAGAAGGGUUAUGAAAGACCAUAGGAAAAAGUUUUAUCCCAAAGAUUUGCCAACACUAUUUGUCCAUACUGAAAGUGAUGAUCAUUGCGACAUAAAGGGUCCAAGGGAUAUGGUUAAUAAGAAGCUCAAGGAAAGUAAAGUUGCAAAACUGAUAGAGUUAAGUGGUUGUGGGCAUUAUCUGCCCGCAUCUCAGACUGUCCCUAUCUUGGUACCACUGCUGGAGAAGUGGCUAAAUGGACACUUUUCAGAGAUGAAUGGAGAGAGACCAUUACAAGUUCCCUCUAGUGUUAAAGAGGACUCAGCAGUGCUCGCCCAGAAGAAACUCCGUAAUGUUGCACCUAAAUAA